UCGGGCCAGUCUCUGCCUUGAUUUCAUAAAUCGCCCUGCCAACACCAUGACCGCUUCGACUUUUGCUUCUUCUGCAGAGCCCAAGCAUCAUCCGGAUUAUUGCAUGGCUAUCUCGCAAUCCCUGAUCCAUAAUCUGGUCAAUCUCCUGCCUCAUGGCCCAGCCAUCUCUGUGCUUAGCAUUGGUAGCGGCACCGGCCUUCUUGAAAGUCUGCUCUCUCCACUGCUCGACGACUCCUACGACCUCUGCGGUGUGGAAGUAGCGCCGAAUGUGAACAAAUAUCUGCCCGAACAAAACAUGUACUUUGUAGGUGGCACAUGGGAUCUCUGUUCACAAGCAGCCAAAGCCCACGUCUGGAUGUUUACCUAUCCACGUGAACCUAAGUUGAUCUUGCGAUAUCUCGAUGUGUAUGAUCAUGCAAACCUCUCCAGAAUCAUUUGGCUGGGACCCAAAAUGGACUGGCAGUCUGACUACGAGGCUACCUUUGCGUCCUCAAAGUUCAGUCGACUGACUGUUCUGGAGGACAGUGGUGCGGCAGCUUACGAGAUGGUUGUCAUUGCAGAGCGACCCCUUCAAGCAUGAUAAAAACUGAUCACAACCUGGCAUGACUGUUCAUGCCAAGUUGUCACCACAAAAUAUCAAGAAUGACACAAUCCAACUGCCUGUCGGAGAUGUCGUGGCUAUGGGAUUUGCAGUGCCCGUGAUUCAACAUCCGCUGCAUGGCCAUCAUGUAUGUUGUGGCAAGGAACAGGUCAAACUUCAAGAAGUCACCACAUGCUACAUAGUCUCAAUCAUGCAAGCAUCGAGGUAUCUUGAAAGCACAUGGACCUGC